UCAGCUUGCUGGCCAGCCUCUCCCAUCAAGAGUUCAUUAUGCAGCGUAGCAGUAGCACUCUUGCGGUGAUGGUGGUGUCGUUUGUAGUGCUGCUCGCCGGUGGUGCAGGCGCGGCGGCCGCCGCCGUGGCGCAGCCGGUGCCGCUCUUCGUGUUCGGCGACGGCACCCUUGACGUCGGAAACAACAACAACUUGCCCGGAGACGAGGACGUCGGGGAUCCUCCUCGCGCCAACCACCCUUAUUACGGCAUCGACUUCCCCGGCGGCAAGGCCACCGGCAGGUUCAGCAACGGCUACACCAUGGCCGACUUCAUCGCAAAGUACAUGGGAUAUGAGAUGAGCCCUCCAGCUUACCUGUCUCUCUCCGGUCCGGUCAACAUGGACGGUUUUACUGGAGUCAACUAUGCUUCUGCAGAUGCUGGCAUACGGAACUCCACAAACGCAGGCUUGACCAUCCCACUGUCGAAGCAAAUCAGCUACUUCGCCACGACGAGGUCACAGAUGGAGUCCAAGCUGGGGCGCCUCGCCAUGAGCGACCUCCUCUCGAGGUCCCUCUUCCUGCUCGCCGUCGGCACCAUGGACCUCCUCCCGGACUGCAACUACUUCCUGACGUUCCCGCCGUCGCCGCCGGACAACAAGACGGAGGUGCAGCGGCUCGUGGAGCUCUACAACGCCAGCGUCACGUCGCUAUACGGCAUGGGCGCCAGGAGGUUCGCCGUCGUCAACGUCGGCCUCGUCGGGUGCGGGCCGACGGUGGACACGCGCCGCGGUGGCGGCAGCGGCGGCGGCGGCGGGUGCGACGCGAGGAUGAACGGCCUCGCCGCGGAGUUCAACGCGGCUCUCGGGGCACUCCUCGCCGGCCUCCGGUCCGAGAAGCGUCGCCUUCGCUACUCCCUCGCUGAUUUCUACGCCUUCUCCAACGCCACCUUCGCCAACCCAUCGGCUGCCGGGUUUGUGAACAUCGACAGCUCGUGCUGCCCCGGGCCUUGCAUGCCCUUCCCCUACUUCAACCAACCACCCUGCGACAACCGCGCGCAGUACUGGUUUUGGGACGGGGGUUACACCACGGAGCAAGCUGCCAUGGUGGCUGCCGCUGCGUUCUACAAUGGCACCGCAAAGUUCACCACGCCGGUUAACUUCAAGCAACUGAUCCGAAGGAAAAAGUGAUAACUCCACGCUCGAUCUCAUGUAGCAAGGCACGGCGCCCAUAAAAAAAAUCUUACGACAUUCGAUCAAUAAUAAGUUAAAUGUUCUCCUUUAGAAUGGAAGAAUUUUAAUAAGAAUUGAUACAAUUACUGACA